AUGGAUGUUUGUGGGAUUGACUUGAAAAUGCCAGUGUUUUCUCUCAGCCCAGGAAUCUCUCGCAAGGCCCCACCUCUCGGUCGCUGGCACACGUGCGAUCUUCCUCGCUCCCCACCUCCAUGCCUGGUCAGCCUCGUCCUCUAUAAGCCACUCACGCGUCGCGAUCCGCUGGAGCGACCUCGUCUUCCUUCCGUGUGCGACGCCUCCUCUCUCUUCUCACGCCCACCGUCACCUCCAAGGCCGCUCUCUCCGGCGCGUUCCUCAUUGUGCCGCCCCAUGGCGACUAAGAAGCAGUCGCAAUCGGGUCUGCUCUUGUCAUUACUAAAACCAGAUGUUGCUGAGGAUCAGGAUGCGUUCAAGGACGUGCUGUACUGGAUGCGCCAGGUGCUCGCGGUGCUCUUUGGCCUUGUGUGGGGCAUCGCACCCAUCACAGGCGGCAUUGGGAUUAUCGGCUUCCUGGUGUUGAGCACAGCCCUAGUGAUGGGGUACUACACACUCGUGGUGAAGGUGGAUGCGGACGAGCUGGGCGGCCAUGGGGCACUGCUGCAGGAGGGCCUCUUCAACUCAUUUGGCGUCUUCCUGCUUGUUUGGAUACUGCUCUUCACAUAUCUUCACGCCUCAUGA